AUGACUUUUUACGGAUUGGCCGCGGGGUGUGCUACGUCCCUUGUUUUGUACGCACCCAACUGGUACCAGCGCGAGGAUGACGACCAGAAAUGGUGCGACGAGGCAGAGGUGAGAGAGUACUACCAGGCUCGCCAGCAGCUCUUGGAUGAUUUUGCGCAGGAGGAUAGCGCAAUGGAGGGGCAGGAGGAAGUGAUCCCUACAGCGGAGACGGAAAAAAACGGUGUGUAG